CACUAAACAACCAUUGUCAUGGUGGAGCCGAAUCGUGAUAGUCAUGCAUAAUAACACCAUUGCCCCCAGAUUUUGAAAGCAUUUUCACAAUAACCAAGUUAGUUUUUUCUCAAUGCGUUAGCAAUUGAUUACUUCUCCGCGUAUUGGAAGAAUGCCAGAGGCUUCAGGGCGGGCGUCCGCAUCCUUUGCGGCUCACGAAAGAAGUCCGCUUCUCCGCCAAACAUCAGCUUCGCCAUCUGAUAACGGAGCUAUCGAACGAGGUCCAGAUGAAUCCAGCAACGGAAAUGGAAAUGCAAUUCCCAUCCCGGACGAACCGAGUAAUAAGAGACUAAUUCUCACUCUGGGAAGCUGUUGGGUCGGUGUCUUUCUUGCAGCGCUUGACUCUACGAUUAUCGCGACGCUCACCGCGCCUAUCUCGACCUCUUUCAACUCAUUAUCGCUUCUUUCUUGGCUUGCAUCAGCUUAUCUGAUCGCAAAUGCCGCUCUUCAGCCGAUAAGCGGGCGCCUCACAGACAUCUUCUCUCGCCGUACAGGCUUGGUUUUCUCCAACAUCUUCUUCUGUGCUGGCAAUCUAAUCUGCGGUCUGGCAAAGGAACAAUGGGUCAUGAUACUGGGCCGAAUCGUCGCAGGAAUGGGCGGCGGCGGGUUGGUGGCCAUUGCUACAUUUGUGGGAUCUGACCUUAUUCCUCUACGAAAAAGAGGCGUGUGGCAAGGCAUCGGUAACCUCAGCUUUGGUCUGGGCAGUGGUCUCGGUGGUGUCUUUGGUGGCUGGAUCAACGAUGUCUGGGGAUGGAGAAUUGCCUUCCUCGUGCAGGUACCGUUUGUGGUUGUCUCUGGGCUUCUUGUCUCUUUCACUGUCAAGGUGCCGGUCAAACAAACAGAGACCUCUCGCGUCAAGCGUAUCGAUUUUCUCGGCGCAUUGGCCCUUGUCACAAGCCUGGUGCUGUUGCUCCUCGGGCUUAAUUCCGGUGGAAACUUGGUUCCAUGGACACAUCCCUUGGUCUUGAGCACACUACCACUCUCCGCGGUGUUCCUGUUGCUGUUCAUCUACAUCGAGGACAAGGUUGCAUCGGAACCAAUCAUUCCAGUCCGCCUCUUGCUCAAUAGGACCGUUCUCUCAGCUUGCCUGACAAACUGGUUCGUUACCAUGUCGAUCUACGGUCUCCUCUUUUACGGUCCGAUCUAUUUCCAGAUCAAAGGGCUCUCCACAACGGCUGCGGGCGCGCGUUUGAUUCCUCAAAGCAUCGGCACGGCAAUUGGAUCUCUGGGAUCCGGAAUGAUCAUGAAGGCAACCGGUCGCUACUAUUACCUCAGCAUGGCUAUUCAAGCACUCCUGCUGCUUGGGGGUGCGCUCAUUGCCACCAUGAACCUGGGUACUCCCGACUGGCCACCGUUUAUCUACUUUGCUCUUUGCGGCACCAGCUACGGUGGAAUGCUCACCAUCACGCUGCUGGCUCUGAUCAGCGCAGUCGAUCAUCAAUACCAGGCAGUCAUUACUUCUGCUUCAUAUGCGUUCCGCUCAACCGGUUCCACGAUUGGCGUCACCGUUGCCAGUGCCGUCUUUCAGAACAUCUUGAAGCGAGAUCUCUGGCAGAAAUUCGGCGACUAUGACAAUGCUGCCGAAGUCAUUCGCCGUGUCAGAGACAGUUUUGACGAGAUUCAUCACCUGCCGCCUGGCUGGAAAGAAGGCGUGCUGGACAGUUACAUGGACGCCGUGAGAGCCGUCUUUGUGACUUCCUUGGGUAUUGCGGUGCUAGGCACCCUCGCGAGCCUCGCGAUGCGAGAACAUACGUUGCACAACAACCUCGCCAGGAAGUAAUCGCCUCCAAACCUAAUGCAACAGAUACGAGCUUGUAGAUGAAUACAUAGUUGAGCGCAGCUUUAUUUUCAAAUAAGUGGGGUACUAGACUUCCGAUUCACGACUUCACCGAGCAAAAAAAAGCAUCCAAGUUUAGACAUUUGCUAGGUUUAGCUAGACACAAUAGAAACACGAGC